UGCGAAAUAAAUAAUCAGAAUUAAAUGAGCCUAAGCUAGUGAGUGCAAGUUCGUGCGCUGCUAAACACCUGCAUUGUUGUUGCACACAUAAAAUAGAAAAUACCCAAAAAGUCUGUGUUAAACAAAACAAGUCUGCGAUGAGCCUUCUCGAGAAACCGAACAUUGCCGUGUCCAUGACAUCAACAGGUAGUCAAUUAACCACAUCAGUUGCAACCGUCUCAGCCAGCAAUGGGACGACAAUAGAGGGCGCUGCAGCGGAGGACGAGGACGACUUUAGCGCGGGAAGAAAAGGUACAACUUCCGCCCCAGCGAAUGGCAGUUACAAUCAGAGCGCAAAGGCCCCAGAUGUGCGUAACAAUCUGGAUGGGGUGCUCAUCAGUCUGAUAGCGGGAGCAGCUGCUGGUGCGCUCGCGAAGACAACAAUCGCACCGCUGGAUCGCACCAAAAUCAAUUUUCAGAUACGCAAAGAUGUGCCAUUCUCGUUUCAAGCCUCGCUCAACUUCCUGCAGCAGACCUACGCCAAAGAGGGAGUCCUCGCCCUGUGGAGGGGCAAUUCGGCGACAAUGGCACGCAUCGUACCCUACGCGGCCAUUCAGUUCACAUCCCACGAACAGUGGCGCCGCAUUCUGCAGGUGGACCAGAACGGCACCAACACCAAGGGUCGUCGCUUUGUAGCUGGCUCGUUGGCGGGCAUUACAUCCCAGUCGCUGACGUAUCCGUUGGAUUUGGCCCGUGCCCGAAUGGCCGUCACGGACAGAUACACAGGCUAUCGAACACUGCGUCAGGUCUUUGCCAAGAUUUGGGUCGAGGAGGGUCCGAGAACACUCUUCCGCGGCUUUUGGGCAACGGUCCUGGGUGUUAUACCCUAUGCGGGUACUUCAUUCUUCACCUAUGAAACGCUCAAGCGAGAGUAUCAUGAAAUCGUUGGCAAUACAAAACCGAAUGCUUUAAUUUCGCUGGCAUUUGGCGCUGCAGCGGGGGCGGCGGGUCAAACGGCGAGUUAUCCUUUGGAUAUUGUGCGUCGACGCAUGCAGACGAUGCGUGUUAAUGUUGCGAGUCUGGAGCGUUGUCCCACAAUUCUAGAGACCCUCAUAAAUAUCUAUCGUGAGGAGGGCAUUAAGAACGGCUUCUACAAGGGCCUGAGUAUGAACUGGAUUAAGGGACCCAUUGCCGUGGGCAUCAGCUUCUCCACGUAUGAUCUGAUCAAGGCUUGGCUUAGGGAGUUGUCUCACUUGAAACGUGGUCGGAUCGAUCAGUAACCGCUGGCCGCGCUCCAAACAAAAAAGGAACACAGAAAAAAAACCAAAAAAAAAGAAAGCCAGAAUAAAACCCACUGCUUUUGUUCUUAAGUGAAAUGUUCGAAGAGCAGAAUUUGGUAUUGCAUUAUUUGAAUGCGGCACCAGAAUUGUUACAUUGAUAUUUUUAGUUAUUAAUUUUUCGGGAAAAUGAAAUGAUGAAUAUACAAACGCUUACUUUGGUUAUUCAAUUAAAUUGAUUAAGUUCGUUAAGCAGAAAGUGAACGCAAACAAUGAAAAAUAAACUGCAUCAAGUUGCAAAUACAAAGCUCCUACUGCUGUCCACUUGAGACGCCGCUUAGUUUGUACUUUUGGCCACUACCUGGACAAUAAAUAUUGCAUGUAUACAUAA